AGUCGUUCUGAAUGCUUUCACAGGUGGCGCUGUUGUCAUGCUUAUUCAGCCAGGGACCGAAGCCCUCCCGUUACUAGGAAACGAGACCUUGUUCUCCUUAUCCCCCAAUAUAACUCCAGAAAUAGUCGAACGUGCCGUAUAUCCAGGAGGGCCGUGGACAGAAAGAAUAACUACGUUUGGUUUUAUCGAAAGCCAUAUUUCCAAUGGAGCGACGAUAAGCGGCUAGCAUGUUCCGAUAGAGUGUUAUCGCUUUUUAGCGAUUGGGACUAUCUUUAGAUGCACAGGAGUAGUUAGUUAAAAGCGUGGUAUCGGUCAACAUCAGACCACGACAAUCAGUGACUAGCAUCGGCUGCGGCUUCAAUCAUGCAGACACGGCGGCGUUUGAGUGCUAACUGUGUUGCAGUAGCUAAGAUUCGACGUAAUAAGGUUUUUGAACUUCGAUCACAGAAGUGUUAUCGUCAUCAAAAGGUUUCGUUACUUUCCGUCGUCGUGCUGCUCGUUUUGUCAACACUGUGCUUUUUCUUUCGGACCACGGUAGCCAACCCUGAUGCGAAACGACUGUAUGAUGACCUGAUGAGUUCUUACAACCGACUUAUUCGGCCUGUAGGCAAUAACUCCGACAGGCUCACUGUCAAAAUGGGACUAAAACUGUCUCAACUCAUUGACGUGAAUCUUCGAUCACAGAUCAUGACAACCAACGUUUGGGUUAAUCAGGAAUGGUCCGAUCAUAAGCUUCGUUGGGACCCUACAGAGUAUGGAGGAGUUACCGAACUAUAUGUGCCGGCUGAGCAGAUAUGGCUGCCCGACAUCGUGCUGUAUAACAAUGCGGAUGGGAAUUAUGAAGUAACAAUCAUGACCAAGGCCAUUAUUAACAACGAGGGAACUGUCAUCUGGAAUCCACCUGCCAUCUAUAAAAGCAGCUGUUUAAUGGAUGUUCAAUAUUUUCCCUUCGACCAGCAACUAUGUAGCAUGAAAUUCGGUUCAUGGACCUACGACGGUUUUAUGGUGGAUCUGAAACACAUCAGGGACGUGCACAGCGUGGAUCUAGUGCCACUUGGUAUAGAUCUCACAGAAUUCUACCUUUCUGUAGAAUGGGAUAUCAUGUCAGUGCCCGCUAAAAGGACUGAAAAAUUUUACGCAUGCUGUGAAGAACCUUACCCUGACAUCACGUUCAACAUUACACUACGACGUAAAACACUCUUCUAUACUGUCAAUCUUAUUAUCCCUUGUGUGGGCAUUUCCUGCUUGUCAAUUCUGGUCUUCUACCUGCCGUCAGAUUCGGGGGAAAAGGUUUCCCUCUCUAUUUCCAUCAUGCUGUCGCUCACGUUCUUCUUACUCGUGCUAGUUGAAAUCAUUCCACCGACGUCGCUUGCAAUGCCGCUAUUAGGAAAAUAUCUGGUGUUUACGAUGAUCUUAGUGACGGUGAGCGUCCUUGUUGCGAUUGCUGUGCUGAACGUGCAUUUCCGAUCACCAUCAACACACAAGAUGUCACCAUGGGUACGACGUGUAUUUAUUCGUGUCCUCCCAAGACUACUUCUCAUGCGAUCUCCACAGUAUAAAAUUGAGAUCGAGGAUGAAACUACUCAGCAUCCAUCGAAUGUGCCUGCCAGCGUGUCACAAAUUUGUCGUGAUAACUUUCAUCUGCCCAGGUGUCGCAACAAUAACUCAGCGGCUGCGCAAUUUGAUAUGGUGGCUCCUCCUCUACCCGCUCAUCUUUACAGUAGCAGUGAUAAACGUAGCCAACAGUAUGGUGCUGGGGUCCCAGAGGGGAUAGCGGGCUCUCCACCUCUAUCGCCACUGAGAACGGUGGGCGAGCCAAUCGGCAUGCCAUUGGCUGAAGAGCUUUUACUCGCAGAACUGGAUACUUCGCCAAAUCUCGACCGACAGCAUUUUCCGCGAGAGCUCGAAAAAGCAAUUCAUUAUGCUAUGUUUAUCGCUCAGCACAUCGACAACAAUGAUGACUUUGAAAGCAUUCGUGAAGAUUGGAAGUAUGUUGCAAUGGUCCUUGAUAGAUUAUUCCUAUGGAUAUUCACGAUCGCGUGUAUCGUCGGGACUGCAGGCAUCUUCCUCCAGGCGCCAUCGUUGUACGACCAGACGGUACCGAUCGAUGUUAAGCACUCCCGUGUUGCUCGUCGCAUGCUGCAUGCAGCUCAACUCAUCGACGACGACGAGUUAGACGUUGACCUGUAGACAGAUAUCUCAAGGCUUGUAUUCUGGAAUCGCCUAACGCGUAGCAAACUAUUUUUGUUAAAACCAAAAAACCUCAGGCUGCUGUUUUUUAGCUUGUCAAAACAUAUUCUAGGGAUCUCCAAAGGGCCCAUAUGAGCGGCCACAUAUGGAUUUAUGCACUUGUUAGCUUAUUUUACGGCUAAAUCUAGGCCCGCAGUAACAAAACACAAACAUGUCGUCAGGCUUUUUUAGCCACAGAGAUAAUAAAGCUCAGUAAUACCACUCAUCCGAGUACGGCAGAUGGUGUAAAUUUGCUUCAUAACCCCAAGAGUAACUAGAUUUCUGUAUUCGUGUGAUGAAAACGUUGUUUUUGAGGAACUGUCUGUCGAUUUAUUAGGGCAAGAACAAAGCAGAUUCUGGAAGUAUUAUGUACAAGGUGAAUGAAGAGUUGCUGCGCAAUGCGAAAAUGGUAGUUUGACAAUUAUAACGUUCCUGACCAGCACCGUAGUAGGGUGAGUAAGUGUGGGGAAUACAAGUAUGACGUCACGAAUUUAAUCCUUUUAACAGAAGCUCAAUUAUUUUUUCAAGUUAAGUGCACUUUUAUAGCUGCCUCUUCCUAACAUUAUGUAUUCAAAAUUGAUCUUUAUCGCUUGCUAUAUGAAUAUUGUUGGGAUAUUGAUACUGAGAGACCUCGACCCUUAUAACACAAAUUUUGCCAUAUUUAACUGUUAAGGUGCUCUUUCACGACUGCACAGCGAUUUUUAAUAAACCUGUACAUAGUAAAUUCGGGAUGCUAUACAUUAUUCCUCAUUUUUGGCCGAGUCAUAAUAGUGACGUGCCAAACCUUUCAAUCUUCACAUGCUUGAUGGGGACGCCGAUAGCUACGCGUACAUUUGAUAAAGACAAGACCAAACUAUAAUUUAAGAAAUGCCUAUCAACGCAUCACAUCAUAAUGCAAGCGCUUCACCUAAUGUAAUAGGAGUUGAUGCUGAAAACUGUCUGUUAGUCUCACGAAUACUGUACCGCAAGAUGUAGCAUAAAAUUGUGUAAUACGAAACACUCAACAAUAGUUGAACUAGAAAGCUAUUCAAGUGUGUCUCAGCCGAAAUGAAGUGGUAAAAACAACUUUUUAAAUAUUUGCUGAAAUUGUUUUUCUAAUGCAGCUAUUCCAAGAUCAAAAAUGUUCAUUCACAAAUACCAAUCGAUACACACCCCUUCAAAAUGCUUGUAACUUUUUGCCAAAGAUAUCAACUAAAUCAUCCUGAUAUAUUGACUUUUCUUGUCUAGAGGAUACCGUUGACUUUAUUUAAACGGUUAAUGUGCAGCACGCAGAAACACGGUGUUAUAUGUUACCAAAUAUACUUGCAUUUUCAGCUAGUUCUUCGAGCAUAGUGAAUAGGCAGCUUCUAGAUGCAGUAAAAUAAAUGCAUUUGAAAAAAAACAGCGGUUAUGAUAGUAGUAUGGUUACUGAAUAAAAUGACAAAGUAUCGUUUAUCGUAAGAUUAUCUAUGACUUAAACUUGUCUUCUUCUUGUUUAAUAUAUACUGAUAUUUAUCAGAAUAAACAUGCUCAGUUAGUCAAUGUUUUUGUAUAACAAAGGAAGCUAUGGCAAAACAUUGGCACGUCUACGUGCAAUAAAAUUGC